CCUGAUAUUUCCAUCUCAUUUAUAGAAAUAACGUCAAAGCGUCGCCAGGGAUGAGUCGCUCGGGGCAGUCCACGCGAGAGCCCACACUCGCUUCCUCCGUGCAGCACCAACAGAUGAACACCAGCCGUCGACGAGUGUCCAAGCCGCCUUCGAGCAACAUGGACGCCCGCUAUAGCGACCGGAACGCGCCGUUGGCUGUGGCUGUGGCGGUACCUUCGCACCAAAGCCCCUUUGAGAAGCUCAAUACGCUCAAGUUGCUCUUAGAUUGCGGCCACUUGACUGCCGACGAGUAUCAGGAGCGCAAGACUCAGAUCAUCAACGAGAUGACAGGAACAUCCACCGAAAGGAAGAAACCCUCGCCUAGAUCUAGGAGACCAGGCUCAGCCAAUGGGAAUCCACCUCCGCCACCUCUUCAGCCCUUACUUAAGACCGUCGUACCUCAUGGGCCGCCAGAUUUCUCAAGAAUCAGAAGAGAACGAGCUGAUAAAUUGAGCUUCGAUGUGGACACGUUGGAGUGGCAUUCGACCCCUGUAAAGGUGAAAUUGGAUCUGGUGCCGUUUGCUACGGGGCAAUUGAGAAAUGCCUAUUAUCUACAGGAACUUGGUGCAGAUGGCAGUCCGUCGAGGUUAUUAGUGGCAAAAGUAAGUCUGCGUCCUGCUGAGCCCAGUACGUAUCUCAGUGACGUGGAGAUGCAAGCUGUGUGUGCUCAUUAUGCGGCACUAUACAACGAACAUGAACCUCCAUUAAAAGUGUGUUAUGCGAGAUCUUGGCUGCUAAAGCUAAGAGAUCGAGAACGAGGAACACUCGUGUGCUCCGUGGAGGAAUUUCUACCAGGCGCGUAUGUGAAAUAUAGCAAUAACAGCGGCUAUGUGGGUCGAGAAACCAGCACAACCGAAGAGCGAGAACGCAACACGCCACAGGCCUUUUCUCACUUUUCGUUCGUGGCUUCGGACUUCCGGCUAAUGAUUGUGGACAUCCAGGGAGUCGCGGAUAGCUACACAGACCCACAAAUUCAUUCAGCUGAUGGAAGAGGCUUUGGAGUGGGGAAUCUUGGGACUUUUGGCAUGGAAAAGUUUCUGGAAAGUCAUCGAUGUAAUGAAGUCUGUCGAUGGCUGGGACUUCGCAGUAUUAACGAACAAUACAAACCUGGUGGAACAGCUGCUCCAGGGUACGAGAUGCCUUUCGGUGGGGCCAUUAAGAAGUCGACAAAUAGGAUUACAGAGGAACGCAAUACAUUCUCGACGUCGGUCACAGUGAGCGAAGCGUUUGGUGACACGGCAACGGCAGAUUGGACCGAGCAGGACUCGAAAGUGGAGAGCGGAGAGGAGGAAGAUGAGGACGAAGAAGAGGAGGAAGACCAAGGCGAACAUUCGGACUCGACUUCGUAUGUUACGGACUCACCAGGACUACACCCACGCUAUCCCAAACCGAAGCGGUCAAAGCGUUUUUCUCCUUCUUCACGUGGUCGUGGUGGUGGGAGAUCGUCAUCUGGCAGACCGAAAGACCGGUUCCGUCAUCCCACGCAUCUCAGUAAAAGUGUCACCGGUAGUCCUGGAUCAGGAGGUGGCGGCCUCUGGUCGUGCGUGGUUCGGAAUUUAUUCUGCGGGUGUGCAUGAACUCGAUCGGUGUGUGGGUUUAAUGAAUAAUUAUGAGAGUAAAUUGAAACGUUUCCGUCUAAUUGAGUCACUCUAUUGAUCAAAGUGGACACUGA